UAUUACACUUUUAGUUCAGAAUAUCUAAUUUCUAAAUCUGUUAUAAUUAAACAGCACUACUGCACUAUGACUUCAAAAUCAUUCCAUAUUUUAUUGUGCUGUACCGGAAGUGUGGCGUGCUUGAAGAUACCUUUACUAAUACCAGCUUUAAAAGAGAAAUUUGCGGGGUGUGGAAUUAAAGUGGUACUUACGGAGAAUAGCGAACAUUUUUUGAAUUUGGAAGAACUUUCUAAGGAAGCUACCAUUAUAAAAGACAAAGAAGAGUGGAAUGUAUGGAAAAAACCUGGCGACAGGGUUCUUCAUAUUGAUUUAUGCAACUGGGCCGACCUGGUACUAUUUGCACCUCUGGAUGCAAACACUUUAGCAAAACUAGCGAACGGUUUAUGCGAUAAUUUAGUAUCGUGUAUCGCACGAGCUUGGGAUUUUAAUGCCAGACCGGUAGUGUUUUGUCCGUCCAUGAAUACCCAAAUGUGGCUACAUCCAGUUACUGCACCCCAAGUCGAAACCCUUAAAAAGUGGGGCUGUAAGUUUGUCUCCCCAGUCGUGAAAGUACUAGCUUGUGGGGCUGAAGGAAUCGGUGCCAUGGCUGAAAUCGAGGAGAUUGUUGAAGCUGUCAGUCAAAAUGCUCCAAAAUAAAAAAAAAUUGAAAAACUUCGAAGUUAUCAUUGUAAAUGUCCAUAUCUGGAUAAUGUCACAUUCUGAAAUUCUGCAUUGCAAUCAAUUUAUAUUCA